AUGUUCGUUGAUACUCUUGUAGAAGGAAAAAUUCCAGUCAAAGCAUUAAUUGAUACAUCCUCGAAAUUUAAUACCAUUGGUAAGAGGUUAUUCAAUAAGUUUGAAGAAGAUUAUAGGUUAGAAGGCGUAUUUGGUGAUGAUUUGAUAGGUAAAGAAAUAAAAUGCUUAGAUCUACAAUUUUGCUAUAAAAGAAAGUGGCGAAACUUAGAUAGCACCGAAGUAAUAGACUUUCAAAUUCACAAAAAUUCAUCAUUCAAUUUGGUGCUGGGACAAGAAUGGUUAUGGAUGCAUAAAGUAAAAAUUAUCUUUGGAUUUUCUCCCAGAACUUAUGAACACCAUGAUAAAAUUGUAAUAGAUGAUAUGAGUAUUCCAUUGAUCGAAGGAGAUAGCAGGCCCAUGGACGACUCGAAGUGUCAUAAAAUCAACUCUGGUAAAAAUAACUCACCUAAGUCCAAUCUAACAAUAGAGGAGAUCACAAAUAUAUCCAAGAAACUUCUUUCAAACGCCAAAGAUAAUAAACACCAAAAGAGCCAUCAUGAGAUAUUUCGCAACAUAACUCCUGUACCUCCACCAUUCAGAAGAUUAAAUAAUGAUGUACCCAAAAAUAGCAGAGCUAGUAAGAAUAAGAAAUAUUCUAAAGUAGAUUUAGGCGAUGGGUGUAGAAAGCUUUCAUUAAAAACGUACCUCAAUUAUAUUUGGAAGUCAGUUCAUUUUAUAGAAGAUGAUAUAUAUUAUGGGAUUUUUAAAAGACUUUCCAAUAUUGAGAAUGAACUGAGAUGUGGAAAGAUAGAAGAAUUGGUACGGCUAAAUGAUAAUGAAUCAGGUCCUUCUAAUUCUCGCUCACGUCAAAAUAAGAGUAAGAAAGAUGGAGUCAAGUAUUCUACGGAUUUGGAUACUGACACUUCUGAUACAAACACUUCUUAUUCCUUCAAUUCAGGUUCAGAAGGUGUAUGCAAUGUCUUUAGUUGUAAAAAAGUGAAAAUGUCACAAGAAAUAAAUUAA